CCAGAGCAACACACAUAUCAAGAUUCAAAGAGUACUUCUAAAAGGACGUGCAAUGAGAAAGAUGGAGGGCUGGACUUUUGUUAUGUGCCUCUUAAGUGCUACAUUUGCUCUUCCACUGCCACAACAUCCUGGUUAUGUCAACUUCAGUUAUGAGGUAAUGACACCUUUAAAGUGGUAUCAGAGCCUAAUUGGACACCAGUAUCCUCGUUAUGGCUAUGAGCCAAUGGGGGGAUGGUUGCACCACCCUGCAGGACCAAUGACGCACCAAACUCAUUUCCAAAUUCAGCCACCUCUCCAUCAAAUGCAGCCACAGCAACAACCUUUUCCACAUCUGAACCCACAAAUGCAACAACCUGGGCAUAAUCCAUUUGUGCCAAUGACUGGUGGGCAAAACACAAUAAUGCCACAGUAUCAAGCAGGUCAGGCAGGACCAGUUCAACAUCCACUUCCACCACAUGCAGGGGAGCAUCCAAUGCAUCCCUUGCAACCAGCAAGUCCCAAUCAGCCAAUGCACCCCCAGCAACCCGGGAAUCCAAACCAGCCAAUGUACCCAAUGCAGCCACUGCAUCCAAUACAGCCACUGCAUCCAAUACAGCCACUGCCUCCACUGAUCCCAGAUACACCUCUUGAAUCAUGGCCAGCAGUUGAUAAGACCAAGCAAGAAGAAGUGGAUUAAAGACGCCAGCAAACCAGAUUAUAGACAUCAUCACUUCUUUUCAAAAACCCAUCGUUCUACUACAAAUCAUGAUGCACGUUUCCAUUAAUCCAAGUUUUUAGA